CGGUAUAUGUAAUAUUUUCUAAAUACGGAAGCCAAGAGUCGCCGCGCUUCGACGUUUGUAUUAUUCUUUUCUUAUUAUAAUAGUCCUCGCCGUUAUCGUGUUACGUGACCAAAGAAGAAGGACGAGAAUCUCUCAGCCAAUGGAUUCUUCUCAUUACAAUCCGAGCUACGCCCAAUGGAAUCCUCCUCUCCCUCUCCUCCCCCCGUCACUGCCGCCUCCUCCUCCUCGUCAACCUCAUCCCGAUAUCCCUAUCUUCCAUCUCCCAUCAAGCCAAAGCCGUGAGCCACGUCACCAUUAUCUUCCACCCAAACCAGCGGUUAAUCAGCCGUCUUCCUUCUACUCCCUGCAACCGCCGCAACAGCAUCUUCAAUACAUUCCUGAGAAAUUUAACUAUGAGUCUCAAAAAGUUUCGCAACCGUCGGAAUCACUAGAUAUCUCUCACUCUGCUUUGGUUAGGUACAAUGAUAAACGACUUGAUUCAUUAACAGUGGAUGCUUCUCAGGGCCCAAUGGAUCGAAGCCCAGGCCCUAACCAUCAGUAUGUUGGCAUUAACAGUGGUUUAGACGCUAGUUCUAGGUGUAGAGUUAAGUUUCGUAUACUUGGACAUGCGAGAAAAGAAUCUGGAGCUUCUAGCCAGUUGUUAAAAGAAGAGUUCGAUAGAUGUUUUAGGUCAUCAUCAGCAAGUCAUGAAGGUGCUAGAAACCAGAGGUUGAGUGAAGCGUAUAAUGGAGAGAGGAAGGUUCUCUAUCCGCGGAAAAGGUGUGACUGCUAUCAUUUAGAUCGUGGAAGGAGAGAAGGGAGUAAUGACUCGAAGAGAACAACACCUGGAAAGAAACAAAUACAGAAGAAGAAGAGUGCUCUGCUUAGGCUUGAAACUCCAAGAAGCCAUAACGGUGGAGAGAAUGCUCGGAGUCGUAGUAGUUAUAGUGGGAGAAGUUUUGACUCUAAUUCGUUUAAGAGUGGAAUCCACCCACGCCGGUCUGUGACACAUAUGUCUAGUAAAGGUAGAAGAGCAUUGGUGCCUGAUAAGAGUGAGAGAGCUUUGGUAAGUGAAGAAAAUGGAAAUAAAAGUAUACUGAAGUCUCGUGAAGAUCUGUUGGACAGAACGGGUACUGGUUGUAAAGAUCUUUUGCCGAAGGGUUUGGAGAUGGAAGACAGUGUGACUAAGAAGACUAAUACGUCUCCUAAAAAAUUAGUUAUAACAUGGUCAACAGUUGCUGAUCUCUCCGGGAGUUCUGAAGUACGAAUUCGUUUUGCUGGUGUGUCUAUGUGUAGUGUUGGGUCUCAACCUUGUGAAGGUGUGGAUAUGGAUUGUUUACCAUCAAGGGAUUUACGAGUGAUGGAUGUUAAUGCUGGGGUUGAAGAACGGAAAUUCAUUGGCUCAUCAGUUGGAUCUUUGGGUUGUGUAGAUGAAGAUUUUGAGAAGUCAUCUAUAGACGCAUCUAUUCAUUUUAAUAGUGAAGAUCCUACUGACCGGGUGUUGGUGAAGUCAGAUGGUGGUGGUAUUGAAGAUGACAGCAAGGGGAUCAAUAAGAAUGUAGGUUCCUUGUCUUCUGAAAAUGACUCUCGUAGAGGUCUCCCCGAGAGUCCAGUUUCCUCUGUGUCAGUGGACAUUCCUUAUGUUUCAACAGAACUUGCUAGUGCCAAUAAUAAUGUUUCGGGGGAUCUUGUUAAUGCUCACAGUGUUACCGCUGGUACAUUUACCAAUACCACGGUCAAUCCUUUAGUUGAGAACGAGAAUGUUAGCAGAACAGAAUCCAUGGAAGCUACAGCUCUUAAUAGUGCUGCAGAAAUGGCUGAGAAUCGGGACAGUGUUAAAGGUAAAAAGACUUGUGAAAAAAGUACUUCUUCAUCUCUUACAAAGGUUGGUGUAAAGGAAUCAUCAGUUGUGUUGCCUGUUGAAAGAGCUGAUGGCUGUUCAGGCAGUGAAUCAGGUUUAGCUAUGGCAGUACCAUCUGAUGUGUGUAUGGAAACUGUAAGUGCCGAGAGACUUGUGCCUGAUGAAGAUCUGGGUAUAACAUCUCAUCAUCCUGCAGAAAUUCCUUCUGUGAUUCCCUUGGUGGCAGUGAAUGAGCAGGUACAAAACAGAACUUUUAUUCAAGCUAACCACAGUGAUCCUCGAGAUGGUAUCAUGCAUGAGGAAAAUAAUUGUGCUGAGAACACUGAUGUAGAUACUCAAGAAGAGAAAACAAGCCCUUCUGGUGGAACUUUGAACUACAAAACUCCGGGAACUGAUAAUGUUGCUCUUACUGGGGAUUCAGUGUUUCCAUGUAAUUCUGUAUCCAGCUCACUGGGGCGGAGCUUCCGGAUACGGAGUGAAAUUCAUGUUGCUACUACAGUUGAUGAAACUUGCAAAGAUAAACCGAAACUUAAGUAUUCUGGUGGUAGUAAUAAGUACAGAACUCGGGGAACUAAUAUUUUUGCUUUUAGUGGGGAUUCAGUUCCACCAUGUGAUUCUCUAACCAAGUCGCCAAGGCUGUACAGACAGAUACGGAGUGAGGUUCAUAUUCCUUCUAUGGUUGAUGACACUAGCAAUUACAAAGAGAAAGCAAAGCCAUCUGGUGGAACCUCUAAGUGCAGAACUCCAGAAGCUGAUGUAACAUCUGAUGUUGGCGGUCAAGAAAAAUACUCACCGAACAGAGUAAAGACUGAUAUCUUUGAUGGUGAAGCAUGGUCAUCUGUUGUAAACGUUUCUGGAAAUGAAAUUCUUGGUGCUUCAGGUGUUCGUCUGAGCUCUAGGUACGAAAUAGAAAACAGGAAAAAGAAAUCGAAUUACUCUACUCAGAAAAGGUAUUCCCAUGCCCUGCCUUUUGUGUCUGACAAUAAGAAAGAUGCUAACCCUCCCAAUAAGCGUCACACUUGGCAUCGAAAGCCAGAUACUUCUGCCUCUGCUUUUGUAGCUGCCAAGCCCUUGUCAUCGACUUUGUUUACACAAACAAAGUUUCCUAUAGUGACUGCCCAAUCUAGUAGUAGUUACGUACGUAAAGGGAAUUGCCUUCUUCGAAAGCCCUCGUAUAGUUCUCCUGCUGUUACCCUUGAACUGCCACCAUCUGCCAUCCAGUUAAAACGUAUCGAAGACAAAAGCACGGGAUCCGCCAGUAGGGUUGAUGUGGGUAACGCCUAUUUUCUUGUUAAAAAUGGAGAAAUAAGCACUCUCGAGAGGCAGUCAAAUCCUCCCUCAGAUAGCAACACCCCCAAAGUAUCAAAUGCCAUUGUUACUUCUGGAAAAUGUCCGUUAUCUUAUAGCAGUGAUCACCUUAUCACUGGUUUACCUGAGUCUACCAUGGACUCUGCUACAUCUGGAGAAGCCAAUGUUCCACACUCUGGUGGAGAUGCAUCCAAGACAUCUGACACACUAAUUCAGUCAGAUUAUGCUUCAGAUUGCCAGCAGAAGAGAAAUCAUCCUAAGUUGGAUUCUUCAAAUUUGAAGAGAGCUGUAUAUGUUAAAACCAAGGUAAAGCAGUUGAUUGCAGCUUCAGAUAUUCAUGGUGCAACUAAGGGCCAGAUUCCUACCUCUGAUGGCUAUUUCAAGCGAAGUAAAAAUCAGCUAGUAAGGACUUCAGCGAGCUGUGUCAGUCACUCACCUGAUGAUGCAUCAGAUUCACGAGCGGCUCCAACCAUGGUUUCGAAAAGAUCAUCUAGCUCAGAUUUCUCCGACUCUGCUGUCACGAGACCAUAUAAGCGGUCAAAGUUUUCUUUGGUUUGGACGCAAAAUGAUGCACAGUCAAGAUUGCGCACAAGUCAGAUGCGCUAUCAGAAGAUCUUGCCGCAACUUGUUCCUUGGAAAAGAGUGACAUACUGGAGAAGACUAAUGAAUUCAGUCUCCGGCUCUGCUUUGCGAAAUAGUUCUUUUUCUAACAUCAGCCAAAAGUUGUCCAUGAUGAGGAAGAGACAUACGGUUUAUACAAGAUCAACUAAUGGGUAUUCACUUAGAAAAUCCAAGGUAUUAAGUGUUGGUGGUUCGCAUUUAAAAUGGUCCAAGUCCAUCGAGAGAGACUCUAGAAAAGCUAAUGAGGAAGCUAUCCUGACUGUGGCUGAAUUUUCGAAGAAAGAAAGUGAAAAGCAUUUUGGACAAAGUACUUCUAGGAUGACAAGCAGAAAUCAUCUUACACGGGAGCGCGUUUUCAGGAUUGGUUCGCUUCGUUAUAAAAUGGAUUCUUCAAGGCGAACCCUUCAGAGAAUAUCUGAUGAUGAUUCACCAUGCUCUGGACCUACUGAAAACGGGAAAGGCGCAAAAAGACCUUUCAUUCCAAAGAGAUUGUUGAUAGGCAAUGAAGAAUAUGUUCGUGUGGGAAAUGGUAACCAGCUUGUCAGAGAUCCAAAGAAACGAACUCGUGCGUUGGCAAAUGAGAAGGUCAGAUGGAGCCUGCAUAACGUCCGGUUACGGUUGGCUAAAAAGAAGAAGAAGUACUGUCAGUUCUUCACAAGAUUCGGGAAAUGCAACAAAGAUGACGGGAAAUGUCCUUAUGUUCACGACCCCUCGAAAAUUGCAGUUUGCACCAAAUUUUUGAAUGGGUUGUGUGCCAAUGCAAAUUGCAAAUUGACCCACAAGGUUAUUCCAGAAAGGAUGCCUGAUUGUUCUUAUUUUCUGCAAGGCUUAUGCAACAAUGAGGCGUGUCCAUAUAGGCAUGUGCAUGUCAACCCGAGUGCAGCUAUAUGUGAUGGGUUUUUAAAGGGAUACUGUUCAGACGGUGACGAGGUAAGGAUUCAAUUUAGAAUACAUUUUACUUGCAAUGUGCUAUCAUCUAUUACUUUUUUUGCACAUGCAUAUGCAUGUUUCGUUAUUACUGACUCUUUGAGCGACCUCGAUCCUAUAUACUUCUUUUGAGGACGUCGAUAUAGCAUACUACGUUGACUAAUACCACAAGGAGUAUAAGGGAAAAAGCGAUCCUUCUCUGGCUUGAUGUCACAUAUUUUUUUUUUAUUUACCACGCACUCUCAAUUCACUCACAAACACCUCGAUGAAGUUAAGAUUGCGGAUUGUCUCUACAUAAUGAUAACAGUGUCGGAAGAAGCAUUCCUACACCUGCCCAGAUUUCGAAGCCACUGGAUCAUGCUGUCAAGGAUCGAAAUGCAAGCUCCAUCACCCCAAGAACCAAAGCAAAGGAAGAAAGAGGAAAAGACCAAGCGAGCCAUCAGAGAAAACUUCCCGUGGGCGUUACUUUGGCUCAUUUCACAAAAUCUUUUCUGAGCCAAUGGUAGUGGAUAGACGUCCGACGUACAGUGCAGAUUCUGGAAUAGAAGAAGGCCUUGACUUUAUAUUUCUUGGCGCUACAGAGUAUGAAGCAGGUGAUAACAAUGAUCUAGCCGCCGGGGAAUCUAUCUCUAGUGCUAGUGAAGAACCAGGUUCAGUCUACAAUCUAAUCAGACCAGUAGCUUUGAUGCAGUAAGAAGCAAGUAUCAGUUUUGGGGUGACUACGAAGGUAAGCUUUCUCUGUUAGAAAGACAAUUUGUCUUUUGUCUAAUACGUUAAUCUUGUAGCUUUUUAGGGAGUUAGUUUUAGCUUUUGUUCUCUUCUAGAUUUGUACGUGGUUAUAUUUAUCUGUAAAUGAUUCAAAAUUCGAACACAUUUGUUUUUG